AUGGAGUAUCAGCGCUUACAGCUCCAGGCUAAGGAGGCGCAGCGCGCACAGGAAGAAGCACUACUUGCUAAGGAGACUCUUCAUAAACAACUGGACAGGAAUUGUCGCCUGCAGGAAGCCCAGAGAAGGGUGCGAAUGGCUAGACUGGUCUCCUCAGUCCUAAACACAGAUGCGCAGGCUGUUUCACCAGAGCCCUCAUUAACUUCUGAAGGCUACCUCCAGCUACCAAUAUCCACACCGUCUGCUAGAAGCACAAGACCAUCAGUUGUUAUGGAUACUAUUUCCACUGCACAUGCAGCUCAGCCACCUUCUGUGCCAAGACAACCCACACCUGUGCCAGACAACGCUCCGGGCCUUCUUCAAGCCACGCAGCCAACGCAGUAUGUACCUCCUAUCCACACACAGAGCACGGAUACACUCAUGAUGCAGUCGCACUCGGACAAUCAUGCAGCUCAGCUUCCUCCUGCGGUUAUGACUACACAAUCUAAUGUCGCACCCAUAAUGACCUCCGCCUUGUCUCCACCGAUGUAUGGCCAGUCUUUACCGCCUGCACUACAGACACUGCCAGUCCAAGGUCAACCAGCAGUCUCCCAGCCAUUCUAUCCAUCAUUUCAGCCCCGUGAUCUUCCACCAUUUGGAUCAGAUAUGCUGAUUGCUUCCACUUACGGUAUUCCCAGGCCUACUUUGCCUUAUUUUGAGAGUGGACGUGAAAGCGACUUUGCCCUGCUGAAGAUGGCACUCGACAACCUCCUAAGUAUCCACACUCACCUCAGUGAACAGUACAAGUAUCAGGUACUACUCGGCCAGCUGAAGCACGCUAGCGCACUCCAACUAGCUAAAGCUCACAUGUACCACCCACAGCCCUACACCACGGCCUUGAAAGCUCUUCAAGACAAGUACGGACAACCACGGCAGCUCGUUCAAUCUGAACUGGGUACAAUAUUGAGCAUGCCAGCUUUCAAACCAGGAGACUUUGCAGCAUUCGACUCCUUCGCCCUGGCGGUGCAGUCAUUGGUUGGAAUGCUAAGGUCACUUGAGGGUCAUAACAGUUACGAGCUGAUGUGUGGCUCUCACGUCGAUCGCUUGCUGAGCAAGAUGCCGCCACACCUCCGUGACAGCUUUGUGGAAUACUGCCUGACCCGUGGCAUCCUUCAGACAGAAAAAGGCUACAACAAAGAGCUGCGUCCAGUGGAGAGACAGCAAGACACGGUGGAUGUCUUUCUCGCUCUCACGCUCUCCAACCUCAUCUCACUGUCGUGGACGCACAGCAGGCUGUCCUGGAACAUGACAGAGUUUGAUGGGAUCGACAUGCUGCGUCUGCCCUCCAACAUGCUGUGGCUGCCAGAGAUCGUCCUGGAGAACAAUUAUGACGCCCAGUUCCAGGUGGCCUAUUACUCCAAUGUGUUGGUCGAUCCUACUGGCUUUUGCUACUGGUUGCCUCCUGCCAUCUUUCGCUCUUCGUGCUCCCUCAAAUUCACUUCUUUGACGUACAAUGCCAAAGAGAUCAGGAUUUUUUUGAAAGAAGAUGUGGUCGAGGACAAUAAGUUCACACUGGAGUGGAUUGUCAUUGAUCCCGCCGGAUGGACAGGUUUCCUCCGGGUGCUCUGGUUUCCCCUACCACUAAAAACAUGUGCAAUAGGCAGGACAGGGGGUUCCAAAGCUUGA